UUGGAGAGUCUUCUAAAAUGUCGAAAAAGGCCAAACCAAGUCCCACCGUGAGUGGAGAGCCGCAGACAGAUGCAAAACCUUUUAACCAGGAUUGGAUCAACUCCUGCUACCAACAGACGCUUUUGCCUAAUGCACCAUGGCACAAGCUGGAAGAGGAGGUCUCUCACAAUUUGGCGCAGAAGGCUGAGAAGCAGUUCAACCACCCGCAGCGAAAGGAAAUGUUGAUGGACGUCUUGGGCAAGCACUUUGUGGAGAAAUACCUGGCUCAUGUGCAACGCACUCCGGAUCUGCUGGAACCAGGACACAUGACAGCGGAGGAACGGAACCGGCUGAAGCUGGACGCUCAGAACUGGCUCAACAGUCAGAUGCACAAGGCUGUCAAUGAGACGGGACAUAAAUAUCUCCUUACUGGACUGGUGCCAGGAGAGCCACCCCCGAGUGGAAAUUAUGCUGAAUUUCUCCAGCAUACGUUUGGAAUCUUCACCAAUGGCUUGAAUCGUGAACUUUACAAACAAGAACAAAUUCUGACGAAAUCAAAGGCUGAUGAGUUGAAUAAGCUGAAGAAAAAUGGAAAGGCAGACAUUUACAAGGUUCCGGCCCCGAGCAGGAUCAAGCCCGUUGGCACGGCUGCCUCCAACUCCACACAGUCGACAGUCAAACCUUCUACUGGACAAAUCAGGUCUCUAGUCCACACCGUGGAGGGUGACCCUCCGCCCCUGUGGGGGCCGCAGAGUGACAAGAUGGGUGCUGCCGUGGCCUCACUUUUGCAGCGUGACCCAAAGAAGUUUGAGGUUGUUGUAGGGCGACUGCACGGCAGACAGCUGCCUGGGACACUACGGGCGUACAUCUGGGCGGAUGUGCUGUUUAAAGGAGAGCGGAAACGCAUGAAAGAAGUGUAUGUGGAGAAAGUGGUGAGAGAGAGGUUUGCCCUGGCAGUGACCCGCGGUCUCACCGAGCUGCGCAUAAAGAAACCCACACAGUCUCCCAUCAACGGGCUCAUCCAGAACGCUGUCAUUGAGACGUACAGCAAAACCACCAGUAUGGUCCCAUUCAAGCACAUGGAGCAUAUGAAGGAAAGCAUCAGGGCUCUGAAUGUCCUGUAUGUAUAUGACCGCAGCUACGAGCCCUAUCUCAUACAUUGGCUCUUCCCCUUGCAGUUGGCCUUCAGGAACGAGCAAGCUAUGUCAGACGAUAUGGGAGAACACGUGCUGGAGCUGGCAAUGUACCUGGACAUGCUCAACUCCAACUGUUUCCCCAGCUGGCCGCACGUGUUCGCCAUGGCCGAGCAGGUCAUGUCCACCUUACAGCAGCAGGAUCCAAAGCUCCACGACCACCUCAAGCGUAUCGCUCCCAUCAACGCACAGGUCAACCCAAAGGAAUUUCUGGUUCAGUUGCUGCAUCAGGAGAGAGAGAAAGGUGAAGCUCUGAUGAAGACGAGCACCAAUACGCCUCGAGCUGCAAGCUCUUCCACACAGUUCCUGGCCGACCCGUCCAUCUUCUUACGACGCUGGAUUGGAGAGGAACCAUGGCUGGGAAGUCUGAAACCGGAAGACAUUCGUCUCAAUGUGGCCGUCUACUUUGGCAGCAUCAAGGUGAGGUCACGUCUUUCCCACUCCCUGCCGGUGAUCACUUCCAUGUCCCAAGACAGCUACGGCGGCACGGUGGUGGAGAUGGACUUCCCGGGGGAGAGGUACAUCUACGACAUGCUGGACAUCUCGCAGUUUGAUGUGGAGCGAGAGCUCGGGGCCUACCCCUACGCCAUCUUCAAGGUGGAGUCUGCCCAGCCUCACAGCUCGAGGAAACCAGGAGGCCCGAUCCACCUGGGCUGGAGUCGCAUCCCGCUGUACCGUCACUCGAACCAGUCGUUCUCGGUGAUAGAAGGGGAUGUCACUGUGUCGCUCCACCCGGGUGACAUCCCCGACAGUUUCAUCACGACUCAGCCCAAGACUCCGUCAGAGGAGGAGCACAUGGAAGGGAGCCUGAUUGGCUACAACUGCACCCUGUCCGCCCACGUGUUUGACCCCAACAACGAGCCACAGGCCCGUGCUGUGCGACCAGCCAAACCCACCUCCACCGUCCCCCCUCUUGUCCCGCCACUGGACACCAGAGCCAACCCAGCACCAGCCCCGAGACGUCAACCAUCUGUCCCCCCACCGCCACCACCACCUCAACCAGAACCAACGCCGCCACAGACGGUACGCUCCCCAGAAGUAGACCCCAACCCAUGGGUGCCAUACAAGGCUCCUGCGGCAAAGUCUGACCCGAAACCAACAACAAACCGAGACCCUUUCAUGCUGUACAUCGACUCUGUCAGACACAUACCAGACAACGCUACCAUCGUCAAGGUGACCGGUAGAAUCUUGCGAGCGGGCGAUUUGACCAACCUACAAGAUAUCCUGGCCGUUCCGGAGCUGGAGAGCUCAGCCCGGUCUCCCGUGUUCAACUUCAGCAUGCUUGUCAACGAAGGUCGCCAGGUGGCCGACCCCGAGCUGCUGUUGUUCCUGCGAGUCUACACGUACGACGUGGAGCUCAAGAAGGUCAUGGUCAUCGGCAGCUGUUUGGUCAGCGUUUUUUCGCCAGGCAAGAAGAAAAAGGACGGGCUGCUCCGUGUGGGCGGUCACCAGCUGAGGGUCUACUCGGGGAUGCCCAACAUGCGAGAGGGUCUGAACCAGAUCACGGGCACGGACCUGGACAACAACACAGCGGUGCCUGCCUGCUCCAUGCUGGUCCGCUUACUGCCGCAGAGCCAGUCCCCUGUGCCAGCUCCCAGCUAUACGUCUGGCUACUACCGCUCAGACAGCUGCAAGCCUACGGCAUCCGAGGUUCGAAUCUUUGCCAGUUAUGGAGACAACCUGGCCAAGACUGAGCGAGACAUGAUAAUGAGGCUACUACAGGCCGAGCGGGCACCAAACAUAAACGAGUCCCAGUACCAGGACUGGCUGGUCAGCAAGCUGGACAUCAAACGACAACAAGGGGCCAGCCAACCAGCGGGCAACCUGGCAUUGCCUCGCUGCGUGCGGUACCGAGUGCGUGUUGGACUCAUGGCCCAAAUCCAGUCUGCUUCAGGCCUGCCAGACGGGCUGUACAUCCAGUGUUUUGCUCGUGUCUCCCCGGGCAAGCAAGCCAAGUACAUCUCCCCGACAGAGCAAGGCUAUGGCAGAGAGGAGAAGUUUAUCACCACCAAACUGGCGCCCACCAGUUUUCUCUCGGCACCUGUCUGGGAGGACAAUCCUAAGGAGUUGCAUCCUUUCUACGACCUUCACAGCUGCCUUCUCAUCCAGCUGAUUGGUCUGCGUGUCCUGUACCGGCCCCGGGCGGACCACAAGCAGGUCGGCACACUGCACAAACCAGACGGCUCACCUCUGGAGAUCACCAGCCAGGAGCUGAUUGGCUGGGCUGUGGUGCCUCUCUUUGAUGGGAACUCUGUGGUGUCGGGCAUGCACCAGGUGCCGGUUCUGUCGAUUCCUCUGAAAGAAGAGAUCACGGAAGAGUUGUCCCAGACUGCUGCUCACAAGGUGCUGGACAAACGGGUGUGGACGGACGCCACUAGACUGCCGGGAGCCAGCCUCACAGUAAUGGUCUGGGAUGCGCACUUUGACCCUGAGGACUUGCCAGAAAAACAGACCCACUCCUCUCUGCUGGCCGUGACAGGCACUCAGGCAAGCGAGGCUCCCGCGGCUGGCACCACCCAGCAGGAGAUGUUGCUCAACAUGCUGGAGCAGAAGGCGAGGAAGCAGGGUCUGAAGGGGACCAUCUUCAAGAAGGAGCAGCAGUUCUUCACCGACGCAGCCACGCUCAACUUCAAGAACCUUAUG